UGGCAACAGUCAAUGUGGAUUAUAGGAGCAGUGUUUGGUCACGUGCUCCUCUACAGGCGUGAGGAAACAGAGAGUAAUCGCACAACGUUGUGACAAGAGUGGGCGCUGACUGUAUCGGGCUUCAACAACAACAGCAGGUCAAGAUGAAGAGUCUGGUCGGGUAUUGCGCGCUCAUCUCGAUGUUUCUUUUGAGCUGCAGUGGACAGGCUGAGAAACGCCAAUGGAUUUCGCCUAAAGGCACAGACUGCACACAGAUUAAGGUUCUCUUGCCACAAGCAUCCAGUGGGGUUUAUUGGAUCCAGCCUUCUAAAGCCAAGCCCCCGUUCAAGGUGUUCUGUGAAAUGCGGCAAGACGGCGGCUGGACGGUGGUUCAGAAGCGCAGUGGAGGAGCGGUUUCCUUCAACAGGAAAUGGGCAGCAUAUAGAAUGGGUUUUGGAAACUACGCUAAGGACUACUGGCUGGGUCUGAAGAUGGUUUCCUCUCUGACCAAGACCAAGACGUGGACCCUAAGGGUCGAUCUGUGGGACCACACUAAUGCCACUGCUUUCGCCGAGUAUAAAAACUUCAGGUUGGGCGGUGAAAGAGAAGCUUUCAAACUGCAUGUCGGGGAAUACAGAGGAGAUGCAGGUGAUGCCAUCCGUGGUGCCUAUUCAGGCAUCGACCAGAACAGCUUUGGCUUCAGCACCGCCGACCGCGACAACGACGGCUGCCGCCCAUGCAUCUUUGGUGACAUUGCUCAAAAUGCUUGUAUCUCUUCAAACGGUGGUGGCUGGUGGUACAGCCGCUGUGGCUCUGCCAGCCUGAACGGAGAAUGGCAUCCUUAUGGUGAACACAUCGGGUGGGCGUCAGGCCUCCACUGGAGAACCUGGAAAGGUCAUGCGUCGUACUCCAUGAAGGCCACCAGAAUGAUGAUCAAGUCUGUGUGAGAGGAGCAGACCCUCAUUUAACUUCAUACUGGCUUUUCUAGUCGCACAUCAAGGCUGUAUUAAGGAAAGUCCACGUACAGAGCACAGUUUGUAAAGGCUAAGUGCAUUGAUUCCAUUGUUAAACACCUGCGUAUGAAGAUAUACAUAUACAAUAAACAUAUUUGUUUGCAGAACCCUU